UAUACAAUGUUAUGGUUAGUGAACCUCCAACAAGCACUGGAAACAGACACGCAAUCUAGUGCACAUGGACUAACUCAAAACAACGAAACUUAGCAAAUCCAGUGCGUGUGUAAACAAAUGACCACCGGAACAAAAAAAUGAAAAGCGGUGAAUUCCGGGAUCGAGUGCUCCCGGAGUGUUCUUGUGCACAAUGACUCGAUGAAACAGUGUUGGCCGGUGGAAGUCCAGUGACUCGAAAAUGGAUCUAGACACCAGUGAUUUCAGUGAUUGACUCAUUUGCGCCCUCACAGUGAACCCCAACGAUAUGGUGCUGGAAUCGGGGGUGUUGCCGCCACCUUUGCAGCUGUAUGCGGCGGCGGCGGCACAUUUGGCGCCGCGACCGCCAUGGGCCCCCUUGUUGCAGUUCCCCGGCGCUGCCAGUCUGCUGGGGAUGCCGGGGGCUUUCGCCCCCCUCAACAGGCCGCGGUAUCCUCCGGGGCUGGGGCACGGAAUCCGGGCUCCGCCGGGACCGCCGUCCGAAGACAGCGGCAGUGAGACGCAUACCGGGAAAGGUGGUGCCGGGAGCAGUGGCGAAGGCGCCGAUUCCGAGAGUGCAGCCUCCAAGAGGAGGAGGAGUAGGACGAAUUUUAAUAGCUGGCAGUUAGAAGAAUUAGAAAGGGCCUUUUUGGCGAGCCACUACCCCGACGUUUUCAUGAGGGAGGCGCUCGCCAUGCGACUAGACUUAAAGGAAAGCAGGGUGGCUGUGUGGUUCCAGAACCGUCGAGCCAAGUGGCGCAAGAAGGAGCACACGAAAAAAGGCCCCGGCCGACCGGCCCACAACGCUCACCCGCAGUCCUGCUCCGGAGAGCCCAUCCCUCCCGCCGAGCUGCGGGCCCGCGAGCGGGCGCGUCGCCGGAAAAAGCUCCAGAAAGCUCUGGAGCGGCAGGCGAAGAAGCUGCGCGCCAAGGGCAUCGCCGUCGACCUCGUGGCCCUCAAGAGGGAGUAUCUGGCCCAGAGGGGUGCGGACGGCGCCGACAGUGAUAGCGAUAUAGACGUGGUGGGGGAUUCGGGCGCAGAAUCGGAAACGUACGCUUGUAGCGAUCAGGGGAUGUUCUCCUCGGAAUCGGGGGUGGAUUUGACCGCCGCCUCGCACGACGACAAGACCCGCAGACUUAACCCCUUCAGUAUAGAGUCGCUACUCAAUACUUGAAGAUGCUCGGAGAUGAAACAUGUUGUGCAAUAAUGUUUUAUAUCUAGUGAUAGGUGCGAGAACAGCGAGAGCUUCGACAUUUCCGACCGAUUUUUCCACACACAUAUCACAAGCUGAUCCGGAAAUGCCGGAAUCUCACAUAUUUAUUGAAUAUAAAGUGUACAUAUAGUCUAAACGACCCUGUGUAUAAACGUCCCAGACAUUCCAGUACUGUAUUUAUUAAUAUGAUUAGUAAUAACACACAUAGUACAGCAAUACAUCCAGCAAGUUCAAAUUGUUUAGAAUACACUUAAACUCUUCGUGCAUGUCGUCCUAUUUUAGUUAAGUUCAUGUACCACAGCUUGAUUCCAAUAUUACCAGUUAUUCAUUGUUUUAUCGGACAAUAUGGAAAACAACAACGAAUAUCGCGUCACAACGUUAAUGGAAAUGAAUAAUAUUGUUAUCAAGCUUUGAAUGUAUUCCUAUCAGUGAUCUGCAGUACUAAUAUAUCAAAUUAAUUAAGUAUGAUGAUAAAUAUAUUAUUUAUUCGA